ACAGAAGUGUCCACUUAAUUUGAGGAUUGAGGGGAUAGGGUGUGUCUUUUAAGUGUUUGGACGUUAAUCAUAGAACCCUGAACUGAACUGAUAUUGUCUAUGGUUCUUACUUUCAGUUUCGGGAACCGAACCUUUGCUGUUUAGUUCAUCCUAGAUUUGACUGACGCUUGAGUUAGCUGAAUUCCGAUUGGCUCUAAAACCAUCCAUAAUAUAAUUUCAACUCGGCGAGAGACAAUAUUCUCGUCAUUUAUGCCUGCUGCUCAACAAAGUGAGAUUGCCGGAGAAAACGUCGCGAAUUAUAUAACACUUCAACAUUGACGGGCCAACUUCAAUAUGAAGCCUUUUAUACUUUUGUUCUUGGGAAUUAAUGUAGCAUCUGCAGUAACCCACUCUCUGAAAUAUUUCUACACUGGAAGUACUGGCAUUAAGGGGUUACCACAGUUUGUUGCAGUGGGCAUCGUAGAUGGAAUGAACAUUGACUACUUUGAUAGUGUGUCUGAGAAGAAUAUUCUGAAGCAGUCUUGGAUGGAGGGGGCACGUGAUGAAAAAAGAAUCACAGACGUAAGAAAGGUCAUUCAGCAAAGCUUUAUUGCCGGUGUCAAAAUCAUAAUGCCACGUUUCAACCAGACAACAGGAGUUCACGUCCUCCAGCAGAUGUAUGGCUGUGAGCUGGAUGAUGACGGCAUCACUCGAGGAUACUUCCAGUAUGGUUAUGAUGGCGCAGAUUUCCUCAGUCUGGACAAGAGCUCUCGUACCUGGACUGCUGCCAACCAGAAAGCUGUCAUCAGCAAGCUUAAGUGGGAUGCAACUGGAGUUGACGCUAACAUCUAUAAGAAUUAUCUAGAAAACACAUGCAUUGAGUGGAUUAAGACGUAUGUCAACUACGGCAAAGACACUUUGGAAAGGAAAGUCCCUCCCUCAGUGUCUCUGCUCCAGAAGAACCCCUCCUCUCCAGUGACCUGCCACGCUACAGGUUUCUACCCCAGUGGAGUCAUGGUGUUCUGGCAGAAAGACGGACAAGAACAACAUGAAGAUGUGGAGAAUGGAGAGACUCUCCCCAAUGAUGACGGAACCUUCCAGAAAAGCGCCCACCUCACAGUGACGCCUGAGGAGUGGAAGAACAACAAGUAUCAGUGUGUGGUUCAGGUCACUGGUAUCAAGAAGGACUUCAACACGGUUUUGACUGAGUCUGAGAUCCAGACCAACUGGGGAAAGACCAACAGGGGUGUGAACACCAUUGGCUCCGCCCCCAUCAUUGGAGUCGUUGUAGCUCUCCUCCUGGCCGUUGUUGUUGUUGUUGGGGUCGUCAUUUGGAGGAAGAAGAAGAAGAGCGAGAAAGGGUUUGUUCCGGCCAGCACUUCUGACACUGACUCUGAGAACUCUGGGAAAGGUGCCCAGAAGAUUUGAUAAACCUUUGCACUUCUGUAACAUCAGAGAAGGAGCUGAAGAGGACAGCAACAAAAUGGAAAUAACAAACAAACUUCCCGAAAACAUAACACAUUCAUGUACAUACACACACAUCAGUCUCACAGACAAUGUAAACACAGAAUCCAUAUAUAAAAAAUAUCUGCUGUCAGAAAUGUUCUUUGGUGAUUUCCUUGAAACAGUUGUACUUUCAUUUAUUCCUUUUUUUUUGCUUUUGAAAAGUUGUGCUGUAAUUUUGUUGAAUUAUAAAAUGAAAUAUUUCCACUGUGUGAUAGACAUAUCUCAGUCUUACAGGUAUAUUAGAAUCAAUGGAACAUGAAAGUGUUUAUGGAAAGGAUACAUUCGUUGUGCGAUGUUAAAUAAAAAUUUGAAUGUAUAUUAUUAUACAAAUAAAACAUACAUUUGCUUGAUUUUCCCCUAACUGAAGCCACCAAAACAAUGUAAACUGGAAAAACAUAAUUAUGUUGUUUGAAUGUGUAGUGUAGCAACACGUGUAGGUUUUGGGGGUAUAAGAUACAGUAAUUGUGUGACAUGUUAUAACUUUGCUCACAAUAACUUGUUUAAUUGCAUGGCCAUAAGCCAGUCAAGGCCUAUCCACAUGUUUAAUUUGUACAUUUUUCUCUUUUACUGAAAGUGGUGUUAUUUUUCUAGCUGUUUUAAUUUCAUGAUAUUUUUGAUGGGGCAUAACACUUUUUGACUAUACGUUCUGUUGAAAUAAGUUGGUGAUGGGGCAAGUGAUCAAGUAUUUUAUUGCAAUUGUAAAUGUGACCCAUUUAAGAGCUACAUAAUCAACCAGCCAAACAAAACAUAUUAGAGACUAAAUUCAUGUAUUCUGUAUGUUCUUACACUUCUCAAUAAAGUCCACAAAAUUGGAAUGAAAGUGUCAUACUGGGCCUUUUAAUAAUGUUCGCAGUAAGAUAUUUUCUAAACAGCAAAGGUCUUGAAGUGGAACAAUAGAAUUUUGUAUAUGGCCUUAAGAAGUAAUAUAUAUUUUGAUGACCUGUAUGAAAAACGAUGGAGUCUAGGUGUCAAUACUCCUUUUGGGUGCGGUACUGUUUACAUUUAUUUUUAUAAUUAUUUUGUAACGAUAUAAUAGGCUUUUGAAUAAAGGUAAUUCUAGACAAUGUUGCUGUCCUGUAUGAAAGAUAAAAUGCUUAUUAAAAUAGGGCAUAAUCUCUG